UCUCUGCAGGUAACUGAGCGAGAACCUGCAUCGAGCUGUCAUGGGGAGUGGAAUGAGCAAGGUGGUUAAAGGUCUCUACCUUGGGAACAUCCGGGAUUCUGAGGACAAGGAAAAUUUGGCCAGGAACGGGGUCACCCACAUCCUGUCUGUGCAUAACAACGCCAAGCCUGUGCUGGAGGACGUGACGUACCUCUGCAUCUCGGCGUCGGAUUCGUCCGCUCAGAACCUGAUACAGCAUUUUAAGGAGUGCAUCAAAUUUAUUCACGAAUGCCGGCUGCAUGGGGGAGGCUGCCUCAUUCACUGCUUGGCUGGGGUUUCCCGCAGCACCACCAUCCUGGUGGCGUACCUCAUGACCGUGACGGAGCUCAGCUGGGAAGAGUGCCUGGCGGCCACCAGAGCAGUCCGCUCCUACGUGAGCCCCAACUUCGGCUUCCAGCAGCAGCUGCAGGAGUACGAGAGGACACUGCUCAAGGAGUACCGAGCCUGGAUUCGAUGCGAGUAUGGCAGGAACCCGUUUAAUGACCAAGAGGAGCUUCGGCGCUUGCUUGUGCAGCAGGAAGAGAAGCAGAGAUCACAGAGAACAGUUGAUUAUUGGAUCAAUGCUCCAGAACCGACGUACUCCCUGCCUUACAAUGCCUAUGGGACCAGCAGAAACAGGUGGAUGAAUAGAUAAGAAAAGACUGGCUACGACAUUAUCCCUGUUGGGCUGGAAGACUCUGUGUUGGUCUUUGUGUGAGGAAUUGCUUUGAUAUUUGUGUGUAGGGCGGAGAGCUAGCUGAAUGCCACCUGCUCAGCCGGGCUGCUGGGAUCUAGCUAUAAAAGCAGAGGAUGGAGGUCAGCAUUUCGGGGUUCUGCUCCCAGCUCUGCCACUGCCUCAGUGUGUGACCCCAGGCAAAUCCCUUUCUCCUUCCGUGCCUCUGCUCACCCAUGUACAAAAGCUCUCGGGGCGUGGAGAGACGUCACGAAUUACCAGCAGCAAAGGUGCUUUGGAGGAACAAAGCUGUGGAAGCAAACAUCUUGAUAUUAGUGGACUGGCCCUUUGGUCAUGAAUCUUUUAGCCUGAUGGUGCCCCAUGGU